UCAGAACCUCUGCGGUUGACAGUUGUGCUUCCUUUACCUAAACAGUAUGCCACUGUUUAUUUACCAUAGAAGAAGAUAACCCUCUCUCCUCUUUUCUGAUUCUGAGUUUCUGAAGUUAUAUCCCUCUGGGUUUCAUACUUUAUAUAUUCGAAAAGCUCCUCAUAUCUCCUUUUUAACUCCAAAUCAUAGAAUUCCGCACCCAUCUCCGUAUAUUUCCUUUCUUGCACUUUUGUUCCCUUCUACUGAUCUUCUCUUCGUCCCCUCUACUCCCACAAACAACCAAUGGAUGAGAACCGUAGGAGGAGCGGACAAAUUCCGGCGUUCGGGGACUGGGAUUACACAAACGACAUGCCAAUCACUCAGUACUUCGAGUGUGCAAGGCAGGCUGGUUUGAUUCGACACAGUUCAUCCUCCGGAGACACUGAUCCCUGCGUGGGUGGUGACUUGUACGCCGUCCAUUUCAAGAAACCUUCUCGUACUACUGUUCUUUCUCCACCCCGCAAGAAAAGGGAAAAAGAAAGGCGAUAUGACCCGCACGUUAAGGAGCAGAAAAGGGUAGGGGUAGGGAAGGUGUGUGACGUGACGGAACCGGCAAGGAAACCUGGUCGGCAGCUGCUGCAUCACACUAAUCACGCGGUUCCACCGCCUCUUAGAGUAAUCUCUGCAGAUGUUAGGCCUCCAAAACCUGUUGACGAGGAUCUCUACAAAAUCCCUCCCGAGCUCCAUACUUCCAAGCAGAAAAAAAUGCUGGGGUUCUUUUCAAGAUGCCUGGAACCGGCUUGUGCAGCAUGAAUUUUGAGUGUUCCAUGCAUAUUGCUUCUGCUUACUAUACAAAUGGAUGCUUGCAUCGGUGCUUUGACGGCAGAUGAAACCAGACGAGUUAGCUAGAUUGAAGAACUGAUCUAUUAAUUGAUUAUGUUUUCCUUUUAAAAAUCAAGUAUUUCUAUAAUUUUGAUCAACAAUAUCAUGUAAUGUUUUUUUCUUUACAUAUUAGAAGUCACACCAUCCUCUUUCAA